AUGGAAGAGAAGCCCAUACAGAAUGCGGCCGCAUCUGCCCCUGAUCCGGAUGAAGACGACCUAGACGAUCUUGACGAUGUGUUAGACUCCUUCCAAGAAGCUAAGGUAUCAGAACAGAAAACGACACCAUCAACAUCUGCUUCCACAACCACAGCUCCCAAAGCUUCAGGUCCAGGCCGGCCCAAGAUCUCCCACGAUGCAGGCUCAGAAGAAGACUUCGCCGCCCAGCUACAGGCAGGAAUGUCGAACCUCAUAUCCGAGCUGGGCGAGAACCCAGAAAUGCAAGCAGAAUUUGAGAAAAUGAUGCAGGAACUCGUGGCAGCGGGAGCUGCAGGCAGUGAUCAAAAAGCUGGAGAACAUUUACGAGCGGCAGCACAGGCUGCUCCGAAAAGUCCUGAACAGAAAGCGAAAGAGCCCUCGAAGAAGAGUGCCGCCAAGGGAGAGGACUUCAACGAUACCAUUCGCAAAACUAUGGAACGAAUGCAAGCGUCCGAUUCGACAGCCAAACAGUCCACCACAUCACAGAGCAACAUGAGUGAAGAGGACAUCUUGGCACAGAUGAUGCGAGAACUGACUGAAGGUGGAGGUGAAGGUGGUGAAGAAGGAUUUAAUGCUAUGUUGAUGAAUAUGAUGGCACAUCUCACGAACAAGGAGAUUCUUUACGAGCCUAUGAAGGAGUUGCAUGACAAGUUCCCGGAAUGGAUGAAUAAGAAUGAGGGUAAGACGCCCAAGGACGAGAUGCAGAGAUACAAGGAACAACAGAAACUUGUUGGAGAAAUUGUGGCGAGGUUUGAGAGGAAGGAGUAUAGUGAUGAGAAUGAGGAUGACAGGGAGUACAUUGUGGAGAGGAUGCAGAAGAUGCAAGCUGCUGGAUCACCACCCUCGGACCUUGUUGGAGACAUGUCUGCGGCACAGGAAGCUUUGGGAGAUUUGGAUGGUGGAUGUCCAACGCAGUGAUGAGCUGUAUUAGGCCAAGAAAUCUGGGGUGGCGAUUUCGUUACGCUUGCGUGCUGUGAUACCCAUUGGAGUCGUGUCUCUCGCUGGCUCCGCUCCCAGAUCUAAUCAAUCAAUUUCAACGCCAAACUCCUCGCUAAAAGCG